AUGACACUGCUCGAAGUUAUCUCCAGCGCCGUAACGAGUCAGGAACGAGUCGACUCGCAAUCCGAUUAUCCAUUCCCUCUUAGCCACAAUGGUCUCUUCGCGAAUCUGAAACCGAAGCUAGAAAACCCUAAUCCCGGUGCCCUUAUCAAUCCAAUAUCCGGCUCGGAAAUCUCUGGAACCGAUGCUGAAGUCAUCGAUUUGGGUAAAAGCUUCUCAUCUAAGCUGAAAAAGAAGCUGAAGAACACAAACGGUUUUGGCAAAGAAGAGUUUGCCAAAAUGCUGAAGCAGUUUCUCGAGAAAAUCGGUGACAAAGUUGGGAUUUCUGAGGCUGAUAGCGAGGAGUUGAAGGAGUUGGUGGAGAACACUGAGCUUGUGAUGGGGUCAGAUGUAGCUGGUUUGCUGUUUGGAGAUCAAGAUUUGCAGAAGAAGGUGGAGAAAACCGGUUUCUUGAUGGGCAGAGAUGUCUCUGGUUUAGUUUUGAAAGGCUCUAUUCGUCUAGAGAUGUGGGAGUUGGUUGAGACCUUGAUUUCGAAUUCCUUGGUUGAUCAAUCUUCAUGCUCUUAUCUAGUUAGCAGUCUCGUUGAGAAGCAAAGGUCAGAUUUGCUUUGCGUUGUGAUCAAACAAGCUUCGGAUCUUGGUGCAAGCGAGCUGCUUUCGAUCUUGAAUUACUUUCUUCGCCCAUCUAAAGAAGCAGUUACCAGUAUGGUUAAGGUUGUAGAAGAAUGGGAGAGUCAGGCUUUGUUGGCUAUUGAGAAGAUGAGCAGCAAAGAGCACUCAAAGAAGUUUAAAGUUGCUGAAGAGGCUUCGAUCUUGCUGAUGCUUGCUCACGACGGGUUUACGCCCGCUGAGCUUUGCCUUCAUUUCUUGUUAGCUUCUCCGAAUGUUGAUGAAGUCAUGUUUGCGUCUGCAGUGAGUAAGCUGAGUGGGAACGAGAUGAGUAGCUUUAUUCGUUACCUCUCUAAAUGGAUGAAGAAGUACGAGAGGUUUCCUCAAGCUGGUCCUUGCCCUAAAGCCGCAUCCAAGCUCGGUUUGAAACUCUGUGAUUGGGUUCCUAAGCUCGAAGACGUGACCAAAUGUUUGGGGCUUAUCAUCGAUGAGAACUUCUCUACUCUGGUUCUGAACUCGGGUUUGCAUGAAGAGCUGAAGUCUAUUGAAAGAGUAGCAGAUGGUUUAGCUUCAGAGUCGAAAGUUUGCUGCUUUGUGGCUAAUGUGGCUGAAAGUUUCAAACUUGGAGCUGCCCGGAACUAG